AUUAAUUGAAAGGGGAGGAGCGGGAGGAGUGGUCUUCUUGGAAGGCUGUCCCAGGAUUCACUGCCCCUAAAGAGAGGAGUUAAGGAUGGUGAGAAGUUAGAAGAAAGCGGGCUGCGAUUGUUAGAAGACAGGAAACUAGUGAUUUACGUUUCGAGAGAGCGCGUUUUUUCUGAAAAAGUAUUCUUUAAAACUCUCAUGACGACUCCUCCUCAGGACUCAAAGUAGACUCGCCAGCCACUUGUAGAUGGUAUAAAACGCAGUAAACGCACUGCGAUAGCUUGUAACGAGACCUGUAUUCUCUUUUUUGUGUGUUUGAACCACGUAACGCGUUUUUAAAUGCAACGCUGUUUGAUAUAUGAGAAAACGAUGGCUGCGGAGACGAGGAACGGCGUGAGUUCACUGAACAACAACACCGGCAAAGACCACAGCAGGAGGAAGCUGCUGGUCGGAGUGGACCUCUUCUGCCUGUUUCUCGCCGGCCUGCCUUUCUUGGUCAUUGAGACCAGUGCUGUUCAGCCUUACCAUAGAGGGUUUUACUGCGAUGAUGAGUCCAUCAUGUACCCGGCCAAACAUGGAGACACCAUUAGCGACGGUGUGCUUAGCGCUGCUGGCAUUCUAAUCACCAUCCUCUCUAUCAUCAUCGGGGAGAGCUACAGGAUCUACUUUCUGAACGAGGGAUCCAAGUCCUUUGUGGGGAACCCCUACAUAUCUGCGCUGUACAAGCAAGUGGGCGUGUUCAUCUUCGGCUGCGCCAUCAGCCAGUCCUUCACUGACAUCGCCAAAGUGUCAGUGGGCCGCAUGCGCCCUCACUUCCUCGACGUGUGCAAGCCGGACUUCUCCACUAUCAACUGCUCCCUGGGCUACAUCACUGACUACCAGUGUCAGGGGCCAGAGAGCAAAGUUCAGGAGGCCAGGAAGUCUUUCUUCUCUGGACAUGCAUCAUUCUCCAUGUACACCAUGCUUUACCUGGUGUUUUACCUGCAGUCUCGUUUCACUUGGCAUGGAGCUCGCCUGCUGCGCCCUCUGACCCAGUUCACCCUCGUCAUGAUGUCGUUCUACACGGGCCUGUCCCGUGUCUCUGAUCACAAGCACCACCCCACUGAUGUGCUGGCGGGUUUUGUGCAAGGAGCCCUGGUGGCCUACUGCAUAGUAUUCUUUGUGUCUGAUUUGUUCAAGUUCAAAGGUCGACGCUCUACCCUUUCGCCAGCCCCAGUGAAGAAAGAUCUCGUUCCUCAGGCAGACAUCAGAGAGCGGAGCAACCAUCUCAUCAUGGCAUAGAGAAGACUAUCACGAUGAGAGAUAACCUGACCUGUGCCAUUUAAAUCACUGCUACAGCCGAUACUGGAUAGAAUAAACUCCCAACGAUCUGAAUAAUGCAGACAAACUCAGUGGAUGAGAAGAGGUUACGGAAAACAGCCGAGCAAGUUUUGCUUUCUCAACGGAAAUCUUUUUCCUCAGUCUCGCCAGACAUUUUAAUGUGGAAAAGAGAGAGGAGCAAGGAUAUUUGUACCUCUUCUGUUAUGAAGAUCAUUGGAGACUCUCCUCUGUCGAGGCCUUUCCAUGGACAAAAGUCUGAAAUGAAAAAGAACCUGAGAAAUGGCAGCUGUGUGCGGCGUUUGUGCCUCCUCCCAUCGGCUGCAUCCAGCAUGGGAAAUACAUUUUAUAUUCCUGCCACUCACUUCACUGUGUGACUAACAAAUCACGACAAAAAAAACGAAUUCCUUGAUUUCAUGAAGGAUGUUGUUUUUGUUUGGUUUUAUUGCAAACAUAAGCAUUGUUUGUGUGAUUUUUUUUUUUUUUCUUUUUUUAUAGCACCAUUUUAGCUAAACUAAGUACUGUGUAUCACCACUUGAAUGACCUGAAGUGAAGCUUUUUGAAAGCUUUGUAAGAUUUUGUAAACUUGUGUUAUGUCCAUAAUGUAGUGUAGCUCCUUAGAAAGUGCACAUAAGUUACAGGAGGUGUAAAGUACAGUGAAAGAGUGUGUGUUGGAUGUGGGCCUCUUUCUGCUGGCUGGGACGAGCCCCCACUGAGCCAUUUAAUGAAAUGACUGUCUGUUAUAUGUACCAGGCGGGUGCUCACAAGUGUUAGGUCAGAGUGUGUGUGUGUGUGAGAGAGUGUGUGUGUGUGUCCCCUUUGCAUAUGCCCGUGUGUGUUUGGGUGAGGUCUUCCUUUGAACCAGUGUGUCUUAAUGUCUAUAUAUUUCAGUGUCUAUAGCCUACAAUCGUGCCCCUCUUCAUACAGAGAGCGGGCACCUGCACCAACAGACUCAUAGCUCGGAGACGGAAACACUGCGGAAAAAUAGCAUCACAUGCAGUACAUGUACUUUACUGUUACUAAUCAUAGUUGUGAUAUACUGUGUGCUACACAGGCAUAAAUACACUUAAAGUAAAGAUAAGGACAUUCCUCGAGCAGUGUCGAAGCACUAUUUAGCAAAACCAGCAAUAUUCAUUAUUUUGGGACAUUGUGACCUCUUAAUAGCUCAUAGUCUUGUAAAGUAACACAGAAGGGCUGGCUAUGAGGCUCUGCAUUAAAAUGGACGAAAUUCAUUACAUUGAAUUUUUAAAGUAAUAAUGAUGUUUGCAUGACAUUGAUAUAAUUAACUUUUGAGCAAAAACACCAACUUUAAAACCACUGACUAAAAGCAUCGUCCUCACUCAUUUUGAAGUAACUGAGACAAGUCGACGUGACGCUUAUAGGGAAAGUAUUUUUUUUUUACAGCAUCAGAAGAUUCUACGUGCUGCCAUACAUUGUACAAUACUGUAUCAUGUGUAUUCAUCCAAUAUAUCUUUUGAAGAAACGCCCACUAUGACUUGUGUGUCCAGACCUGUGUAAAUGUAAAACGUGCUGCUUUAAAGAGGCAAAGCUUAGCAGAUGUCAUCCAGUGAGGUUGACAACUUGUGAAUAUGAAGUUUUACGAACAACAAAGCUCUCAAGGCAGACUGCUUCAGUGCAUUUAUUAUAAGAAUUGCCUUUCAAUAUUUUUGUAAUGUCAUGUGAAAUUUUGUACAAUGAAACUGUAAGACGUAUCCAAGAUAAAAAUGUCUUUAAUAAAAAAUUGAAAAAAAAGAGAAGGAAAGAUC